UGGUUGUGGAAUUGGGAUCUGCGAUGCACGUUUGUUUCUUAGAGUUAUGUGAUAUUCUCCAAUGUGUGCAGACGAUGAGGGUCAAUAGCAGUAGCGUGGUGUAGAAGGGUCUAUUUUGGGGCAUGCGGAAAAUGAAUAGAGUGUCCCUUUGAUACUGUUCGGAAGGGGGCGUCGGAUGGGAUGGUAGUGGGAGAAAGUAUAUUGGCAGAUCUGCCACUCUACCUUGGCCUAUUUAAACCCCGGACCAGCCCUUGUUCUAUUGCUCUCCGGAUAGUGUCUUUCUUUUCUUGUUUGAUCUGACCUGAACAUAUCAAUCAUGACCUCCAACGUUUUUUGUCCACAAUUUGACUCUGAAAAUCCGCUCUCAAUUUUGGAUUCUGAAAAUCGGGUCCAGUUGCUCCAAGUUUUCACAUAUUUCACCCGCGUCCUUCCGUUAGCAGAUCAUCGCGUCCGACUCAAAACUGUUCCCAAUACUUUUACGGGAGAUGAGGCCAUAACUGCCUUACAAUCUGUCACAUCAGGCUUAGACCGGGAGGAUGCCACGCGAGUCAUCCACCGUUACAUUCAAGGCCGGCUUCUCCGGGCGCUUGAGGGUGACGAGGACAGCGUCAAGCCAAAAGGUGUAUACGCGAUCGGCCGAAAAGGACUGCAAGUGAAAAGCGAUACAAAGCGUCGCGCAGAUUCACCGAUCGUUCAUCUGGAAUUCCGAUAUGGAGUGUGUGUAACGGAUCCUACCACCAUCUUCAAGCGAUUUGCUGGCUCAGAUGGACCGAAUGAAUGGACGCCAGAGAAAGAAAAGGCUGGGGAACAACUCUCUGGCCCAUUGAAUUCAUCUUCUCCAGGUUCAUCGGAAAGCAACACUCCUAGAGCUAGUGUCACCGCCUCAACCCCCCUGCCGGGAAUCCUUGUAAAGGACCGGAUGCACAUGCUUAAAACUUAUACCGAUACUUUUACCGGACAUGAAGCCAUUGUCCAUCUUCUGGAAACCACAACAGCUAUGACUUCUGAAGAAUGUCUUAAUAUUGCGGAUAGAUUUAUGGCUGCCGGGUGGAUUCGCCAAAUCGAUUCGUCCGAGAAGGUGUUUAGAGAUCAUAAAGGCAUCUUGUACCAGGUGACAGGUUUGGGUGCAAGUAUUGCCGGAUGGCCAGAACAAAAGGUGCCGGGUGUGAAAGACUUUUUCGCAGGUGUGAAAGACAACAUGUCCGGAAUCGGUGAAAGGCUAAAGAAAAUGAGUACGCAUGGGAAUACUGGUACAGGUCACUUGAUGGACGACGGGAAACCUAUAAUCUCAAAGGAGAAUCUCGACAAGUUCGACGAAUUUGUGCGGAAAUCGUCUGAAAUGCUGGCGACAGUCCAACCUCAAAGCAGCAGCAAUGCUUUCCCCUUCAUGAAGAAUCGCCGGCAAACAUCGUUUACCACCCAAGAUAUUCCAAGUUCCUCAGACACUCGCGCCCGAUCCAUUUCCAUCUCGCAUCCCCCUGCCCGCCGUGGCAGCAUAAGUGUGCUCCCGUCAUUCCCUUGGGAAACGCAAAAAGAGACCCACACAUCCCGCCUGACAACUAUUCUCUCCCUCCCUCCCGUUCGCAGUCUCUUUCAAUCCUUUGUAACGACCCUAUUUUGCGAGGAAAACUACGACUUUAUGGUCGAUGCGGAAAGGUUUAGAAUGUGCUACGAUCGGAGUCAAUCCAUCGAAAAUCUAGAUGAAGAAAGCAGAGAAGUCGUGCGCGACAUUCAACACAAAAAAGACAAGGAGACCCUUGUCCCUCAUGCAGUGGCAAUUUACUUAAAGUACAUAACACCCACCUCUAGUCACGAAAUUAAUAUUCCUUCCAAGCUCAUCAAAUACCUCACAUCUGUAAUGGAGCCAUUUGAACCGUUCUUCGCGCACUUUCCUGCAUCUCUUCUUGCAAUACGGGACCCCAUCAACCCCACUUCAGUAGCCUUCCGCGAUGUUCUUCAAGCCCUUCCAAAAGCCUUUUGGCAAGUAGCCAACGAAAAGAAAGUCCAAGAAACGUUCGAACCUUGGAUGUUCUCUGCGACAGAGGCUCACAUCUUUCAAGUUGUUGCUGGCGAUUCUGUUCCAAAGUUUAUAAGAACAGAAGAGUAUCGAGUUCUGAUGAUGGGUCUCUGGGAACAGGGUAACCUACCUGUGCAGAAGAGAAGAGAGACUGUUUUGGAGCGAUUGAGCACUGCGGAGAGAAGACAGUCAUGUGUGAAGGAGGUCGCCGAAGAGGGAGAGAGUGAGUCGAGAAGAGCCUCGGCGGUUGCCAGGGUGGGUGGUAAAGAGGAGAAGGUAGAGAGCGAGGCCCCUCGACCAGUUGGUUUGAUCCCGCCAGAGUUUGCAUAUGGGAUGUGAGAGUGCAAAAGCCCAAGGGGGUUGUGUAUAAUGAGUAGUAAUUUUUAUACCCAAGUCAGAACAGGAUUUAUUCAGCA